CCCGGAUGAUGAAAACAUCGAGCGCGUUCUGGCGAUGUCCAACGCCAUCUUUGCCGUCACCGACAGCAAUGACAAACAUGGCUCGCUGCCGUACUGGCGCAACCACCUCCGCCAUCCAUCUUCUUUCAUCAUCUCCCUCGCUUCCAGCAUACAACCUGAUAUUCCUAUCGCGUUUAUUUUUGUCAUUCAUCGCCAAUACGACCCACCUCUCACGAACGGCGCUGUUGACGGUCUCCACAUCUGGCUCGCGGGAGUGUCUUCUGAAUGGAGAGCGGCGGGCUGUCUGACUACGAUGAUUCGCGAGCUCGACGACAUAGCCACGCUCACUAUAUGCACCUUCCAGUCGCGGUUCCCGUUGAUGUUCAGCUGGUUGAAUCGUCGAGGAUGGCUACAAGAGCAGAAGUUUCCGGAUGGGAAGGUCAUGUUUAGCAGGCCGAAGAAUACAUGACUUCGUCUUUCAUCGGGGUAUGACUGUGUUCUCUCUGAUACCCGGAGACGGUGCGGCUCCGGCCGGCAGCGUAAUACACGUUUCGACCACCAUUGGCUGGUAGCUCGUCGAACAGGACCCUUACACGGCGCUGAAGGAAACGCUGCCGCAUUUCCUCCCGGCCGCAGCGACUCUUUGACACUUGCUAUUCCGUUCAAAGGGCGAUGUGGCACAGGAACACCUCCACGUGCCCGCUGUUCAUUCUAUCCUCCCGGCCGCAGCUGCCAGCACCUGUCGUCCGCCGGUCAUACACGGACAUGUAGGCGGGACCUGGCGAUCGUGGAUCGAACGCUCGUCCACGACGUACAUGUCUUGAACGCUAUGCGGCACGUUUCGUCCCACCCGCUCUCACGCAGAGAGCGUGCCUUGCGAGCUAUUCAAUCAUUGUUCAAGUGGCUGUAUGCGCGACAACAAUAUCUAGACCUACGACAUAUGCUGCCUAGGCGAUUUAACGGUGUCAAUCC